AUGUUUGAGAACGAGCGCGACUCCAACUCCAAAGUCAAUAUUGUCUGCGGUGUAUCGUCUUUGGACUGGACUUACUAUCGUACCGCUCCUGUGGCUGCAACAGAGACAACAUCUUCCACAAUAGGUGGAUCAUCCUCAAGCUUCGGCACUAGACGCAAGAGCAAAAGCAAAGCAUGGAUUGCAGGAGCCGUUGUUGGACCAAUUCUCGGUCUUGCCAUCAUUGGAUUGCUUGCAUGCUUCUUUAUUCGUCGCAAGAAGAACAAGUCCCGCAACCUGACUGUCGCACCCGCUACCGGAGGCAUGCCACCACCAGGUGCAACAGCAUACCAGCAGAACACCUACCCUACCAACAACCCCGCCCAGCCUCCACAAUAUUAUCCCGAUAUGCAACAGAACGCUGCUGCAGCACCUCUUGGUGUCGGCAAGCAAGACGGAUACUAUGGCCCAGGCGCAAACCCCCAGUCCCCGGUUACACCCCAAGGCUCACAAAGUCCUUACGGCGCAGCUCCCCAGCAGUGGCAGCAGCCGGGUGCCCAGCCAGUAUAUGGUGCGCCUUCUCCAUCGAUCAGCCCGGCGCCACAGAAUGUGCAGCCCGCACAGUAUAUGGCUAGUGAGGGGAGGCCAUUCUCGAGUGAGCUGGAGGGUAAUCACGCAGCGAACGCACUCGAUGCCAAAGCAUUCCGAAACGCAACCAAUGCCACGAAUCCAUAUGUCAAAGUCGACAUUUGCCAGAAGAAAGCCUUGCACCAUGGCCAAAUACGCAAAAUCGUACUGUGGAGUGCUCGCCACGUCCGGACCAGUCUAUCGAUCAUGAAGCCACAGUACUCGCGCGAGGAUGGCGUUCCAUUGUUCCCUGCGCGCGUCGUGAUCGGCACCUUCAUUGAAUUUACGCUUGCAUUCUUCGCACUCCCAAUACCUCCUGCGAUCGCUCAAUUCUGCCAGAAUGAGCUGCUCCGUACGGAAGCAAUUCUGCACAUUGUGCUGGAAAACGAUCUCGUCUGGCUCGAAUUUGCAACGCUUGCGAUGCGACUCAAUGCGUUUGGUAUAGUCGGCGCAUUCCGUAAGACCGAUUUUGACGCCGAGAUCGGGGCGGUCUGGGUUUUCGAACGUGUAGAUGGUGCCUAUGGUGCCUAUGGCGUCCUUAGGCGUAAGGGUUUCUCGGAGCUUUUCACGCAAUUGAGUGUCGAUGAGACGGGAAGAUUGAGAGGUGGAUAG